UCUAAAUCCUUUGCUUAUUCCAUUCAGUUUACGCCUUAAUUAGUUAAUAAUGGAAAGAGCAUCGUCGUGCAUACAGCCCCCAACAUACGGUAACCUAAUCACAAUUCUUAGCAUAGAUGGAGGAGGUAUAAGAGGAAUAAUCCCCGCUGCUAUUCUUAAUUUCCUGGAAUCACAACUACAGGAACUGGAUGGUGAAGAUGCAAGACUAGCGGAUUAUUUUGAUGUUAUUGCCGGAACGAGCACAGGUGGUCUGGUUACUGCUAUGUUAACUGCACCAGACAAAGAUAAUCGUCCUUUAUUUGCUGCUAAGGAUAUCCAGGCCUUCUACCUUGAACACUGUCCUAAAAUCUUCCCACAGUGCAAAGGUCCAUUUUCUUCUGCUAAAAAGAUAAUUAGGCAGCUGGCAGGACCCAAAUAUAAUGGAAAGUAUCUUCAUGGCCUUGUCAAGGAGAAGCUUGGAGCCAGUCGGCUGCGUGACACUUUGACAAAUGUGGUCAUUCCAACCUUUGAUAUCAAACACCUCCAACCCACCAUCUUCUCCAGCUAUGAGGUGAAGAAAAAGCCAUUCUUGGAUGCUCAACUCUCGGAUAUCUGCAUUAGCACCGCUGCAGCACCAACUUACUUGCCUGCCCAUCACUUCGAAACAAAAGGUUCCCAUGGGACGAAAGUCAGGAAAUUCAACCUCAUUGAUGGUGGCGUAGCUGCUAAUAACCCGACUAUAGUUGCCAUCAGUGAAGUAACAAAGGAAAUUCUCAAGGGGAACCCAGAUUUCUUCCCUAUAAAACCAAUGGACUAUGGAAGAUUUUUAGUCAUUUCUUUGGGGACUGGUUCACCAAAGAAGGAUGAGAAAUAUAGUGCAAAGAUGGCAGCCAAGUGGGGCAUUUUGGGUUGGCUACUUAGUAGGGGUUCGACUCCAUUAGUGGAUGUGUUUACACAGGCGAGUGGAGACAUGGUUGAUUUUCAAAUCUCUGUGGUUUUUCAAGCCCUUCAUUCUGAAAUUAACUAUCUCCGAAUUCAGGAUGAUACAUUAAAUGAGACCCUCGCUUCUGUUGAUAUUGCAACUAAGGAAAACUUAGAGAAUCUUGUCAAAGUGGGUGAAGCAUUAUUGAAGAAACCGGUUUCUAGGGUAAAUCUGGAAACUGGUAGCUGUGUACAUAUAGAAAGUGAAGGCACUAAUGAACAAGCUCUUAAAAGGUUUGCAAAACUACUUUCGAAUGAACGGAGGGUUCGCGAGGCAAGAUCACCACACCCCAAUGUUGCCAAGUCCAAAAAGUGAUUAAUCAGUUCUGUUCCAGCUUUCAGAUAUCGGGGAUCUUAGGUCGUAGCCAAGCUAAGACUAAUCCAAUAAUGCUCCCUAAUUUAUUAAUAAGUGGUUUAUGUACCAUAGCUUCUUUAUACUUCAUUAAUUUUUAGGUCUAGAUGCUUGGUGUAUCAACAGUAAUUAAAGCAUCAAUUCAAUAAAAUUAGUUCGUAAUCUUAUUACAUUGUUUUA